UUAAGAAAAUAUAUAUUUUUUUAAAAUUUAUACGGGAAUUAUUUACAGACUAAUUAAUAUUUAAUAAACGUUAUACCGAUUAUCGUCGCGAAAUGCCUAAACGGGUCGUAAAACUUGCCGAAAAGCGGAUUUCGAGGAAGGACAUAAACUGCGUCGAAACCGAAACCGGGACCAAGCCUGAACCUGAGAAAAAAAAGAAAACAAAACCCGAGCAAUCGAAUGACGGCAAUGCACCAUCAUCAAAAAUGACCCUGUGCACACAGCCAAUGGUAAAUGCGUCGGGACGGCCGCAGAGACGUCCCGGACGUCCCCCCGGUGCCGGCAAGAAAAUGCUAUCCAGAGACAUGCCGGGGAAACUACGGAGCGCCUAUAGGAGAAGUCUGGAUCCUUGUGAUAAUUCAAACGAUAGCGGGUUAGGUUUUGACCAUCAUGCAGACCCGCACCACCACACAAUGUCGAUGUCUGAAAGACUAAACUGGACCGGAGAGAGAUUAGAACCCAAAAGACUUAGAGUGGACAUCAAAGUGGAAAACGAAGAUGUUAACGACAACUACUGCUUUCCUUCGACUGUGCAAUGCAAAGAUAAUAUCUCGCUAAUAAGGACGGCACCUUCUGGUACUAUACCAGCACUGGACAUAUCCAGCACCUCGAGUGCCACAUCUGGUAGGGCGGUGCCUCGAUGUACACCCAUUACGAGUAAACAAACUCCUACUGCAUCGAUACCAUUGACCACCCAGUUGACUGCUACGUCACGUUUUAGUGACGUAAGUCUAACGAUAGUAAAACAACCAGAACAACAACACAGGGCGAGGUAUCAGACUGAGGGUAGCAGAGGGGCUGUGAAAGAUAGGGACGGAAACGGUUUUCCUAUCGUACAAUUGACUGGCUAUUAUAAACCGGCUGUAUUACAAGUAUAUAUUGGUACUGACGUAGGCAAAGUAGCUCCCCAUAUGUUUUACCAAGCAUGCAAAGUGAGCGGGAAAAACUCGACUCCGUGCGUAGAAAAGAAAAUCGAAGGUACCUGCGUGAUUGAACUGGGUUUAGAUCCGUCGAAGGACAUGUGCGCAACGUGCGACUGCGUCGGUAUAUUAAAGGAAAGAAACGUAGAUGUAGAGCAUAGGUUCCCGGAUCAGCUAGGGAACAGGAGUAAAAAGAAAUCGACGAGGUGUCGAAUGAUAUUUAGGACGACCAUAUCGCACGACAACGGGACCACUGAAACGUUACAAGUUUGCUCACAGCCUAUUGUAUGCACUCAACCACCAGGUAUUCCAGAAAUCUGCAAAAAGUCGUUGACAUCGUGUCCGGCGAGCGGCGGACUGGAGCUCUUCGUCCUCGGUAAAAAUUUCCUGAAAGAUACAAAAGUGUUCUUUCAGCAAUUUGAAGACGGCCAAGUUUGUUGGGAACAAUCGGUUGUACCCGACAAAGAAUAUUUACAACAAACACAUUUUGUGUGUGUUGUACCUCCGUACCGCAGACCGAACAUAACCGAACCGGUACAGGUGAGGUUAUGUGUGGUAUCGAGCGGUAAGACAAGCGAAUCACAUCAAUUCGUUUAUACGCCGGUAAACGGCACUGUCAGCGUUUAUGCAGAUGCCCACGCUCAACAUGCCCCAAGUUUUAAAGGGGCAAUAUGGAACUCUGGACAUUUUUCAAAACGUCAACAGGACGUGGACAUGAUGCCUCCUCCAGACUCCAACUUGGUGCCGUUAAGCACCAGGCGCUCCUCCGUAAGCUUGCCAUCCACAAGUGAACUCCAUUCCCCGCCGUUAAACAGUUUGAAACAAGAGUAUUUCGAUGAAAACAGCGAAGGGUCCUUGCCAGAAGCCAUUGAUGUUCAUCGCGAACGCUACCGACCAAUCUCCGAGAGUUCCCUGGAUGUUAACCACGACUCCAAUAUAUCUAUGAUCAACGAUAACUCCGUGGAUUUAAUGCAUCAUGAUUCGAUGAUGAGCCAGAUCAGCGAGAAUUCAAACCUAAGCAUAAAAGAUGAAAGUCUAGGAUUGGUUCGUCGUAACUCGAUGAGUUUGUCAUGCGACAAUGCUAUUAUGAACGAAGAGAAUUCCUGUGCUAACGUAACACACCCUAUUGUGAAUGAACGAGCUGUCCCACAAUUACAAGCGCCUGUGAUGAGCACGAUGGAAAAAGUCAUGGAUUUAAGAAUGAAACUACCCAUCAACGGUCAAGUAAAUGACUUUACUGCGAAUGCCAGCAUGGCCACUUUAAAACAUUUUGGUAUCGAACCGAGUAGCGCCCCCUUGCCACCCCAAAGUGCUCAAAGUGUCGCAAACUAUUUAACGAAAAUUGAAUCCAAAUCAAAUCUGCUUGCCCUGGGCAACAAUAAUGCCUGUCCAAUAAUUAAAGGUAACAUUAAUAAAGAUAUCAUGUCAGCUCAAUCAUUACCAAUUAUGAUGGAGUCUGCACCACAGAACAUGGCGUCCUCUGUUUUUCUGACGUCUCAGCAACCAUUUCUGUCAGAAGCCUCCGCUAUUAGCACUAUGGCAAAAUCAGAAGCGGCUGCUAUAGCCGAGCAGGUCAUAACUGGCACUUCUACCAUUUCUAAUACCACUCUUACGACUUCUUUGGAAGGCAGCAUCUCUACCCCAAUGAACUCUGAAAAACUUGAUGAAAUCCUUAACUCCACGCUAGAAUCUCAUAUGGGAAGUCCUCCGAAGCCUGUUACAGUUAUUGCGGCCACUCAGGAUGUUAUCCUAAAUUCAGACGCUUCCAUCAUAGCUUCUCCGGUGUUAAAUGCCAACUUGGCUUCACCGCUUCUCGGGUCUGCAGAGUCACACUCUUCGGCAGCUUUGUCACCUGAAGCGAUACUAAACUCUCAAUUAUCUCCGAGUCUGAUGUGCGGAAACACGUCCGCCGUCUCACAAGAACCACUUAUUGGUUCCUCUAGACUUUCUGUGAUGGGAACCACUGCAGGUGACAGUAGUUUAUUGCAGUCGAGCAUUACGGCAACAGUCACAACCCAAGAAUCUGCUUUGCUUAAUGUUGAACCAGAAAAAGCGGUUUUGCUGGAAGCCGCCGUCGAUUUUUUAAAGACACAGAAAAAGAUUAACGAGUUGACAACUUCACCGCAAAAUAUAAUGAGCAUGUCUCCGAGCGCUAGUGAGAUGACCACCGCCUCGCAAACCAUUAUGGGAAUUACUUCGUCAUCAACUGAAACAUCUGGUAUGGGUUUGGAUACUACAAUUGGGAGUUACAUGUCACCGUACUCGACCAUUCCUACCCCAAGUAAUGCACCGUCCAUUAUGGGUCCCAAAAGUACUAUUGCAGACACAAAAAACUACUUGCCGCCUAACUUGAAAGAUAUUGGUUCGACCGAUGCACAAAAUCUGGAUAAGAAGAAUGCAGACAGAAUGAUUCCGCAAGGUUUUGCAUCACUUACUGAGAACGAAUUGAUAAAUCUUAUUAACCCAACUUGUUUUGACCAAGGUAAUAAUUACCACCACUAAAGUAGUUAAUUUGCAUGAGAGAAAACUCAGCUUGUUAAAGUUGUAAACUGUAGUUUAUUUAGGGAUAUGAUGUAAUAUUGUAGCACUUGACAAAACGAUUUUUAUUUAAUGAAAGACACCACUGACUGUAUAAGUUGAAUUGUGUUGCUCAGGUUUUACAAUAGUUUUGAGUAGGAGUGUGUCUAAACUUAGUCUAAAACGGUAGCUAACAAUUAGAAUAUAUUUAUUACCAUGUAGGUUUUUGUGCUUUUAGUAAGGGUUGUGCUAACAGACGAAUCCCCCGUAGAGUUAAAGCAUGCAUUGUGUCAUUUAAUUUUUUCUUAUUAAGUUUAUUUUUUCAGUAUAAAUCAUUGGUGGAGGCUUCUUUAUAUCCGUACUUAUUGAUGUCAGUGGCCUUUUCGAAUUGUUUAAGUGCAGCUUUAAUCAUUCGCCAUAUACAAAGAAGUAUCAGAUAUAUUUCGACCCCCCUUUACAUAUUAAGAUAUAUUUUUAAUACGUACGAUAUUUUUAUAUUAAAUAGGAUGACUAAACUGCACUCUGCUGCUUUUCAUGUACAUUUUUUUUGUUGAUAUUGAGUGUUAUCAAUUUAGUUUCCUUUUUUCAAGGAAACUCGGGUGAAAUUUUUAAUUUAAAGUGGAGAUUCAAAAAGUAAAAUUUCACCUCUUGUUUUCCGUGAAAGCAAAAUUAUUAUUAAUGUACUAUAUACAUAAGUGUUAUUUUGUAUGAGUUUUUAUUUUAACAGACUAUAUUAUAUUAUGUGGUGUUAAGCAUAGGAUUUUAUUGUACAGAUAUUAAGUGUUGCAGCCUAUUUGUUAUUGUUUUAAAAUUAUAAAUGUAUAUGGAAUAAAAUGAAGGAAAUAAAUGUUUUUUAUUUUAA